GAUAUAGGGAUUGUGCGUCUUAAUUCUCAAGAAUGAAAUAGUUGGCUUUUAUGUCUUGAAAAGGUCUUAUUUGUUUCAAGGCGCCGACAGCAUACCCAAUACUAGAUAUGUCUGAUUUUCUGUGUCCCAGGAACCUUACAGAAGUCCAUUUAGCGUCUUUGAGAUUGGGCUGUAGUCGGGACAAGUAUGGGAAUGACCAGUACCUUUGUUUACCUAACACCAAGAAGACAGCCCUUGUAGAAUUAUGUCAUAAUGGAAUCAUGGGGAUGAUCGUAAAGGGAAAUUGCUUGGAAACCAACGAGGGCAAAGUAGUUCGUAAAAAUUGCUCUGAAUUUAAGAAUGGUUGCCCAGAAACUGCGUUCAACAGUAAAGAUAUUUACAAAUACCGUGCUUGUCAUGAAAUCAAUAAAGAAUUCAACUGUUACCUUGCAGAGCCAUCUUGCCCAAGUCGUACACCAAAUGCGGAACUAUCUACGCCAGUUGGGAUCUACAGCACAACAGACAUUCGAAACCAUACAACAACACACCAAAUGGUUGAGUCAGAUGGUUUUGAAUCAUUGUUGUGGGUGAUGGCUCCUAUCCUUAUUUUUGUUUUAGCUAUUCUGCUGACAAUUGGAUAUGUAUGGAGAAGAAGAAAUCGCACCAAUAUGAAACAAAGUAUGCAUGCUAGAGUGGAGGAGUUAAAGCCUUUACAAGAUGAAGAAGGUUUGUUCAUUUAUCCUGUCUUUCAUUAUUAUAUAUUUUUUAAUAUUUAUGUUUAGUAUACUGAGGAAUCAUUUUUAUUCGUGGAGGUCAAUGUUCGUGGGUAGCCAAAAAUAUCCUGGCCUGGUUCGUGGGGACGUACUUUCGUUAAUAACAAGUUCUAAUUCGUUUUUGUAACUUAAAUACAUAAUAAAAACAACUGUUUGUAUGUACGUUCGUGGGGAUGUCAAUUCGUGGGUCAGGGUAACCCACGAAAGCCACGAACAUUGAUCCCCCACGAACAAUGAUGAUUUCACAGUAGGUUUGUCUAAUUAUAUAAGUUAUGCAGAUCACAAAAAACAUAAUUUAAAAAAUAAAGUACACACUAAUCUUA